AGUAAGGGCGUUGUUCUCAUAACAGCUGCCUCAUGAGGGAGGAGGUCUCAUUCAUGGAGUACGUCCAUUACUGCACUUCAGGAUGACUCGGAUUAUUUUUCUCGUUGUUCUCCUUCCUCAACUUCCAGGUGUCCUGUGCACUGUGACCACAGUGGGAGACCGGACAGUGUUAGCAGGGGACUCGAUCAACGUUCCCUGCGAAUACGACCCUCAGUACGCUCCGAAUGUGAAGUACUGGUGCCAGGGAUCCAUGAAGGAGUUCUGCACCAGUCUGGCACGCACAGACCAGCCAGAAAAUGCUCCGUUCUCGAAAGCGAGAAUAACGAUCACUGAUAACCCGAAGCAGAACGUGUUUGCAGUGACCAUGCAUGAGCUGAAGGAGAAGGACUCGGGCUGGUACUGGUGUAGCGUGGAAAUAGGAGGGAUAUGGAGUGUGGACCUCACCACAUCACUUUAUAUCACUGUCAUACAGGGCUUGUCAGUAGAACGCAAUGAAGUAAGUGCUGAGGAGGGUGGCAGAGUCACUGUGAAGUGCCGCUACAGUGAGAAACACAAAGAGAAUGAGAAGAGGUGGUGCAGGAGUGGCGAUUUACACUUCUGCAAGGUUACAAGCAACGGGACAUUCAGCAGCAAGUCUCUGGUCAUCAAUGAUGACAGGAAUGACACAGUUACCGUGACGUUGAAGCAGUUAGAGCUGCGGGAUGCAGGAUGGUACUUCUGCAGAGCCGGCGAGCACCAAGUGCCUAUUCAUGUGUCAGUCACUCCGAGAUCAACAACUGCCUUGGAUGUAAAAACACAACAGCAUCUGUCUGAGGUUAAAGCUCAAGACUCCAACAGUCCCAGCGUUUGGCAGUCUCUUCUGACUGUGUGUGGAGCUCUGCUGCUCUUGCUGACUGUAAUCUUGGUAUUAUGGAUGAUAUGGGAGCAAUAUAAGAAAAUACCUAAACAUAGCAAGCUGGAUGAAACUGAAGCACAGUUCAUGGUGCGCGCCAGGAAAACUGGAAGCUGGAAGUCAUAUUACUGAACACUUCAGCCAAUCAAGGCAACAUGUUGUAACUGAGAAGGACCAUUCGAACUAUAUAUUCGAACUACAUAACCAACUACAUAUGACGCAGUUCAAUUUCAAAUUUGACCUAAUAAUGCUUUAUGGCUUUGAACAAAAUUCUUCUGUGUAUGGCAGUUAACAAAACUGCUUGAUGUCUUGUCCUGGUAUCAGGAAAUCUUUGUCACAUCAAAAUAAAUUCAUUCACAGCUUUACCUCUGUCUAAUACAGAUUUCAUCAUAUCAACAGUUACACACGUUUUUAAUCACUUUAUGUGGCGGGCUCACCAAACAUUCCCCCUGUGAAUGAGUUGUUACUGUAGAAACCAUAUCUUUUGAGGAUUAGCACCUUUAUAUAAACCUCACAGCCAGAACUUCUGAAUCUGCGGUGAAAUAAUGAAUGUAAUAAUUAAUCUAUUCUUGUGUUGGAAUAAAUAAAGUAUAUCAAUAAAAAGC